GUGUGAAACCUCCUCUGCCUCUUUUUUAAAGCAACAAUAUAUAUAUAUAUAUAACCUCAAUUUGUACUAUAUAUAUCAACCCCAAUUCACUCCCUAUUUUCCACUCAUCAAAUUUCCACUUCACUUUUGUAUCUCCCCCUCUCUAUAUAUAUUCCAGCUUAGAAUCUGAACAUAUAUAUAUAUCUAUCUCUCUCUCUCUCUCUCUCUAAAAAUCAUCUCAAACUAGAAUUCAAUGGCCUCACCAGUCGAAGCGUCAGCUUUGCAGGUGAUUAGCCAAGACCUUCUCAAUGACGAUGACUUUGCCUUCAUGGACAACUUCGUAACUAAUCUCAAUUUUUCUGCCUCUGAAUCAUCUGAAAUUUCGAAUUCCAAAACUUCUAGUUCUGACUCUCACUCUGCCCUUCACAUCACCAACACUUUUGAAUUUGAUUUCUUCAAUACCUCCCCCAAUUCUACCCUAACUGAUUUUAAUCACUUCGAAUUCGAAGCAAAACCGCAAAUUGCCGUCGAUACGAAGAUGCAUAAGCCGGCGAGCUUGAGUGAUCGCCGGCCGUCCUUGAGCAUCUCGGUUCCGUCGCCGGUGAAGAAGGUUGAGUUGUCGGGAUUUGGGGGGAUCAAUAGGCCGCCGGUGGUGCCGGCGGCGGUGAAUGAAAGGAAGGUGUCAGAUUAUGGAGAGAAGAGGCAUUACAGGGGAGUACGGCAGCGGCCGUGGGGGAAAUUCGCGGCGGAGAUUCGGGACCCGAACCGGAGAGGUUCUAGGGUUUGGCUGGGGACGUUUGACACCGCGAUUGAGGCGGCGAAGGCUUACGACAGAGCGGCUUUCAAGAUGCGUGGAAGCAAGGCGAUACUGAAUUUUCCUCAUGAAAUUGGGAAUCCGCCGGAGUCUGAGCCGCCGGCGCAGACUGGCCGAAAGAGGCGCAGAGAGAGUGAGACGGAGGAGAAACCGAGCGUGACGGUGAAGAGGGAGAAGUCGCCGGAAUCUGACAACAAGACGGAGAGUGUUUCUGCAUCAGUUGUUCCUUUGACGCCGUCGAGUUGGGCACCCGUUUGGGAUUAUGGUGACAUGAAGGGUAUAUUUGAAAUACCUCCGUUAUCGCCGUUAUCACCCCAUCACAGUCUCGGCCAUUCUCCGCUUAUAGUCAUCUGAGAACUAUUAUCAGAGAAAAAAUAAAUAAAAGAUAAUAAAAAAAAAAAUUAAAAAAAAAAAAAAAAAGGUGAUAAGAAAAAUCGGGAUCAGCUUACGUAUGUCCUCUUCUUUCAAUCUAAAACGAAGAGAUUUGGAGUUUUUAAAUACUAUUGUGAGAGUUCUUUAUUACGAGUAUUAGAAAAAAAAAAAAAAAAAAAAAAAAAAAAUCAGAUAAAAUUAGGGUUUUUUUUUUUUUUUUUCCUAGAUAAAAUUAGGUUUGAUCGACCCGUCUCAGAGAUCGUGGUAAUGAUUGAUGUAAAUAUGUAAAAGCAUCGUAUAAUUUGUUCAAUUUGUUUAUUUAUUUGUAGUA